GGUCCUACGCAGAUGCACCAGCUUCAAUGGGAGGAACAAGUGGAGACGUCUCUCUGAGUAUAGAGGAGACAAAUCGUAUAAGAGCCAAAUUAGGAUUGAAACCUCUUGAUGUUGGUUCGGAGAAAAAACAGACUGAUGAAGGUUUCCUAAUCACAAAAGAAGGAGAUGUACACAAACCUGCCAUGAGUCUAACAGAGAAGAAAGAAACUGAGAAACUGAAGGAAAGAAUUCAAAAAAUGAAGGAUAAAAGGAAAAUCAAAGACCAGUUAGGCAAAGUAAAAACUCUGGGUGAAAGUGAUUCCGAAGAUGACACAACAGCCUGGGUGAAGAAAAGUCGACAAAAACAGAAAGAAAAGGAACUGGCAGAAAAAAGGGCGAAACAGUUAAUGGAACUAGAUGAAGCAUUUGGAUUGGAGGACAUUGUUAAAGAGGAAUUUAAAGAUAACAAGAAGGAAUAUACAUCUAAGGAUUUGAGAGGUCUGAAGGUGGAGCACUCUGUGGACAGAUUUAAAGAUGGACAGUCCAUUAUUUUAACACUGCAGGACAAAGGAGUGUUAGACGAAGAUGAAGGAGACACGUUAGUUAACGUUAAUCUCGUGGAUGAUGAAAAGGCGGAGAAAAACGUGGAACUUAAGAAGAAGAAGCCAGAUUACAACCCCUAUGAUACUGGGGAUGUAGAUGAAUUUGGAAUGUUCAAACCAAAGAAUGUGCUGGAUAAAUAUGAUGAAGAGAUAGAGGGUGUUAGGAGGGAGAAGUUUGAGUUAGGGUCAGGUGGAAAGUACGACACUGACCCCGAAAAACAGAUGGAUGAAAUUCGUAGACAGCUGAGAGAACAGAGUCAGUCCCUGGGAGGAGUGACCUUGAACCCAAUCAAUGAGUACCUCACCCCUCAGGAAGCAGCUGAUGCAGCAAAGUUUAAAAAGGUUAAAAAGAAAGUAAGGAAAAUCAGGAAAAAAGAAUCACUAAAAGCAGAUGACCUACUUCCUCUGCCAAAUCAAGGUCAGGAGGACACAGAUUAUGGGUCAAGGAAAAGAGGGAGGGGGUACAUGCGAGAGGAGGAGGAGGCUGUUGAGGGUCAGACAGGGUAUGAGAACGGUUACGGUGGGGGUGGGGGCAUGACGGCUCCCAUCGUGAUAGACUACGCCCACGGUCACACAGCGGUCAGUGUUAAUGACCAGCCAAUGGAGGUCACAGAACCAGAGGAAGAGGAGGACUUGGUUGGUCCAGAUGAGGAUCUCAGUAAUGUAAUAGAGGAAGACGAGGCAGAGAAGGAGUUACACUCAGCUCCGUCCAAAGCCAGGAAAAUCAAGAAGAGGAAAGACGCAUCUGCAGUCAUCAAGGUAGCAGAGCAGGUUCUCUUAAAAGCUAAAUCAGAGCCAGAGGAAGAAGAAGAAGAAGCCCCCCAGGACGGUAACAUUAUCCUCAAUGCUACCUCCGAGUUCUGUAGAACCCUGGGGGAUAUUCCUACGUACGGCCAGUCAGGGAACAGAGAGGAGGAUCAGGAGGAUUUCAUGGAUUUUGAGAAAGAGCUUGAAGAACGAAGGAAAAAAGAGGAAGAUGAGGAACAAAUGUCAGGAUGGAAUGCAGUGGAAAUUGACGAGACACCUGUCAAUAUCACUGUGGUGGUUGGGGUGGUGGUGGAUUGCUGCGAUGCUGACUUGGAGAAUGAUGGCGCUAAACUGUAG